AUGGAUCACACGCUCUUUGGCUGCCUCCGCAGCCCCCAUGCCACUGUGCAGGCCCUGCACCCUGCCUUCACCCAGUCUCCGCUGACUCUCCACGGACGCACGGAUCACGUCUCCUACCCUGACCUGGCCUCUUCCACCGCCACCUCCUCCCCUUCGGCCUGCAUCAUCUCUGGCUAUCCCGGUGAUGAGGGCCUGUUCGGCGGGCAUCACCACCAUCACCGUGGGCAUCACCCGGCACAGCAACAGCAGCAUCACCCGCCUCAGCACCAGGCCGGCUGGCACAUUCCACAGAUGCCCUCUCCUGGCAAUGCGAGCUCCCGGCACAAUCUCUGCCACCCCCACCCCCACUCUCACUCGGCCCAGGACAGUGCCCUCGCACCCCCAGACCUAGGCACCCCUGGCAGGAACAGUCUCUGUGCCAGCACCCCCAACCUGGGCAGCAGCACCCCCACGGGGGCCAACUGUGUGCCUGCAGACUUUGGAAGACAGACACUGUCACCUGCUGAGGCAGAGAAGAGAAAUGGCAAGAGGAAAAGUGACAGCUCAGAGUCCCAAGACGGGAAUUACAAGUCAGAUGUGAGCAGCAAACCCAGGAAGGAGCGGACGGCGUUCACCAAGGAGCAAAUCCGUGAGCUGGAGGCCGAGUUCGCCCAUCACAACUAUCUGACGAGACUGAGGCGCUAUGAGAUAGCAGUCAACCUCGAUCUCACAGAGAGACAAGUAAAGGUGUGGUUCCAGAACAGGAGGAUGAAGUGGAAACGAGUAAAAGGAGGUCAACAGGGGGCUGUAGCGAGGGAAAAGGAACCGGUGAACGUGAAAAAGGGGACAUUGCUGCCAUCCGAAUUCUCCAGCUUAGCGGCUCUUCAUCACUCCACAGACUCCCUGGCCAAUGAGGACAGUCACGAAAGCGACCAGAGUUCUGAGCAUGCUCACUUAUGAUGCACAGCAGCAGGCCACUCCUACGCAAAGUGGGUUCAUCCUCACAUCUCAGGAACGUCCUUAAAAGGACAUGUUAUCUGGUCGUCGUUAGCAAAGUUCAACGAUGCUAAAUAAAUGUGUACAAAUGUACAAAGAAAUGACGUGUGUUACUUGAUCUAAGAAGAUACAUGUUAGGACGUUGGUUAAACCAAACUAAGAUCACCAAUACGUUUCAAGAACUGCGAACCCAACGCAGGAAUAUGAGAUAUUGCAAAAGGUCAAUGCACAUUAAGCAUACGUUACGAACGUGCCUCCACUCAACACUGCUCUUGGAAGCAGAAAAUAUUCUUUGAAUAUUAGGACAGAUUCAGAAUUGGCCGAAUUGUUAUGAACAUU